GGUUUUCAACACAAUGGCACAAUGAGGGAUGCGACUGUUCGCUCGGUGCGAUGCGACCCGAGUAACAGGAUCGGGGACGCCCCUUCUUAAACCUACCUGAUACAUGGUGCGCGCGGCUGCCUUGGACGCAUUUUCGAGAGAUGAGUAUUUUCAUCUUUUUUGUCAUCUCCCCAAUAAUGCUGUACCUGCUGCACCCAUAUGCCAAGGAGAGGAACCUGGCCGUACAUCUGGUCUGGUCCAUGAUGAUCUUUGUUGCUGCAUAGAUCAAAGAGUACUGCGACUGGCCCUUAUGUCUAUUAGCCUGUGGGUGCUGGCUAUCUCUUGCUGGAUCAGUGAUCGCUUUGGCUUCAGCUUUUGGCAGAAUCUGAAUUUCUGUUAUCUGCAUGGUAUCUGACACAUUGUGAUUGUGGUGGCCACGGUCUAUGGUAGCACUUUAAUUGCUUACCUGGAUGCCAGUCUGGAGAUCCCUUACUCCCUCCUCAACCUACAGUAUUGGCCACGAGACAACUGGGCCAUCGGGCUACCUUACAUUGUCCUCAAAGGCACCACAGAGACCCGGAAAAUAUGUUAACAGAUGGGACAAAAUGGACUAAAGCAUUGUCUAAUUUAUGAAGCUGCUUGGUGUAAUGCUGAUCUAAGACCAUCUUGUACUCUUUCACCCUGAACAAUAAAUUGAUAUGGACAGAAAGGAGCUGAUCUUAAAUCAGUACCCUGAGACACUGUAUCCCGUGUGAAUGUUGAAGAAAACUGAAGUACUUUAUUGGAUGAGACAUGUUGCUUCUGAUGGUGAUAUUGUUGCCACUACUGACGGUGUUCAUUCCUCAUAGAACCUGAAACCUGUGUGUGUUUGUGUGUUUACAUGCUCUUAAGAGCUGCAAGGGAUUGUUUGUAAUGUAUACUGUUUGAAUCCUCAUCUUUAAAAACAACAGGUGGUUUUUAUAUGAAAAUGAAUAAUUGCACUGACAGGAUUUAAUGUAUGUAUAGCAUUAUAUAUUUUACAUUAUUUCUUCUGUAUGAAUCAGGGGCUUUGACCUUUUAAGACAAAGUGUGAUAAACAACUUCUUUAUUUAUGAGUGAAACUUGAUAUUACUUGAAUGAUAAUUAUAAAGGAGAAACCUCAGUGUAGAGGUCCUAAUGUAAGUCUGAUGGAUUAAUAGUCUGUUCAGUGGGAGGAAAGUCAUGUUCAACAUGAGAUGUCACUUCACAACACGAAAUGAUUCUCUAAAAAAAUUGUGCAAAAUUUUGUUUACAAAUGUUAACUGGGAUUAUUUAAUUUUUUUGGUGUGGAAGUUUUAAAUCCAAUGCUUAAUGUUUUAUUUGAUUUUUUUAUGUAUAUGUUACUCUAAGAUCCACCUCAGUGUAUGAAAUUGUUUAUUUGGAUGGUGUAUUACUACAUGACAUCAUUGGAGAACAAGACUGCUGUCAUAUGAAUUUAAUGAUCAUAUAAGUUUAUUUUUAUAUAAAGUAUGAUUGUUUGGACAUGAA